AUGGCGGCGGGUGGCAGCGGCGGGCGCGCGUCGUGCCCGCCGGGGGUCGGCCCGGGCGCGGGGGGCGGCCCCGGGCCCAGCGCCAACGCGGCGGCCCCGGCCCCCGGCAAUGCUGCUGCCGCCGCCGCCGCGCCCGGGCCGCCCCCGCCGCCGCUGCCGGGCCCCGGGGCGGACGCGCAGGCCGCGGGCGCGGAGCGCGAGGAGGCGGCGGGCCCGGGCGCGGGGGCCGCGCUGCUGCGCGAGCCGGUGUACAACUGGCAGGCCACCAAGCCCACCGUGCAGGAGCGCUUCGCCUUCCUCUUCAACAACGAGGUGCUGUGCGACGUGCACUUCCUGGUGGGCAAGGGGCUCAGCUCGCAGCGCAUCCCUGCGCACAGGUUCGUGUUAGCUGUAGGCAGCGCUGUCUUUGACGCCAUGUUCAACGGGGGAAUGGCCACCACCUCCACGGAGAUCGAGCUGCCCGACGUGGAGCCGGCCGCGUUCCUGGCGCUGCUCAAGUUCCUGUACUCAGAUGAGGUGCAGAUCGGGCCUGAGACGGUCAUGACCACGCUGUACACAGCCAAGAAGUACGCGGUGCCCGCGCUGGAGGCCCACUGCGUGGAGUUCCUCAAGAAGAACCUGCGGGCAGACAAUGCCUUCAUGCUGCUCACGCAGGCGCGCCUGUUCGACGAGCCGCAGCUGGCCAGCCUGUGCCUGGAGAGCAUCGACAAGAACACGGCGGACGCCAUCACGGCCGAGGGCUUCACGGACAUCGACCUGGACACCCUGGUGGCCGUCCUGGAGCGCGACACGCUGGGCAUACGCGAGGUGCGGCUGUUCAACGCCGUCGUCCGCUGGUCUGAGGCCGAGUGUCAGCGGCAACAGCUGCAGGUGACACCCGAGAACAAGCGGAAGGUGCUGGGCAAGGCCCUGGGCCUCAUCCGCUUCCCCCUGAUGACCAUCGAGGAGUUUGCCGCAGGCCCCGCGCAGUCGGGCAUCCUGGUGGACCGUGAGGUGGUCAGCCUCUUCCUGCACUUCACCGUGAACCCCAAGCCCCGCGUGGAGUUCAUCGACGGGCCGCGCUGCUGCCUGCGGGGCAAGGAGUGCAGCAUCAACCGCUUCCAGCAGGUGGAGAGCCGCUGGGGCUACAGCGGGACCAGCGACCGCAUCAGGUUCUCAGUCAACAAGCGCAUCUUCGUGGUGGGCUUUGGACUCUACGGAUCCAUCCACGGACCCACGGACUACCAAGUGAACAUCCAGAUCAUCCACACCGACAGCAACACGGUCCUGGGCCAGAACGACACCGGCUUCAGCUGUGACGGCUCGGCCAGCACCUUCCGCGUCAUGUUCAAGGAGCCCGUGGAGGUGCUGCCCAACGUCAACUACACGGCCUGCGCCACGCUCAAGGGUCCCGACUCCCAUUAUGGCACCAAAGGCCUGCGCAAAGUGACCCAUGAGUCCCCAACGACAGGGGCCAAGACGUGCUUCACCUUUUGCUACGCGGCCGGGAACAACAAUGGCACAUCUGUGGAGGACGGCCAGAUUCCCGAGGUCAUCUUCUACACCUAGGCCUCCCCACGCCACGCCCUGUCCACAGAGGACAGCCAGGCUCUGAAGUCAUCUACACUAGGCCACCCUAUGCCAUGUCCUCUCCAUGGAGGACAGCCAGGGCCAGCCCUGAGGUCAUCUUCUAUACCUAGGCCACCUCCUGCCACCACCUGUCCUGUGGAGAUAGCCAGGCCCCUGAGGUCAUUGUCCACACUUAGGCCACCCCACAGUGUGCCCCCAGCCAACCUCCCUUGGCCAUGCGUCCACUCCCUGCCCCUUCUCAGCAUCACAGAAGGUGACCAUGUGGCCACUUGUGUAGAGGCACUGGGGAAGUGGCUAGGCCAGGGCUGGGGCCCUGAGAGACGGUCCCUCAGGUUUGGGGAGCAGGGCUGUCUGAGCUGCCCAGGUCAGCCAGGGCCAAGGGUCAGCCAGGUCCUGGCUGGGCUUCCGCCACUGUCCCUGCUGCUCAGGGCCCUCUGAGCAGCUCACCAACCUCAGGCCCUGGUUGCGUGGCCCGAGCGUGUCCAGCUGUACACUGUGGUGCCCUGGACCCCGAUUCUCUGCUGAGAGACCCUGUGCGGGAGCUCGAGAGCCACUGGUUUGGGUCUUGUGUUCCCUCUGUGCUUGUCUGCUCCCUGGGGACACUGGGCCUGGCCUGCCGUGCACCUGAGGCUAUGGUGACCCCUUGCCUGCUGGGUGUCCCCUCCUCCAGGGCACUGACCCAAAUCCCAGGGAGUAGACUCCGUGGGGGCUCGGGCUCCUGUGCCAUCCCGAAGGGCAGUCCCAGCCCAGGUGAGGAGCCCCACGGGAGGGCCAGCCCCUCCAACCGUUUGGCCCCUGUAGCCCAGAGCAGGGCCUCCAGCCUGUGUGCUGAGGACAGUGCCCCAGCUGCAGGCCGGGCGGCCAGGUGGAGCAGGAGCCCCGAGGGCACCACCCACUGCCUGGCCCAGAGGCUCUGGAGGGUGUGAACCACCCCACACCCUGCGCCCAUCCCUGACUCCUCCUGGAACCCACGUGCUCCCCAAAGCCAUGGAAGGUGUGCCCACCUCACACCACGUCCCCAGAUGAUUUUUUUAAAUAAAGGAAACAAACGCA